GUCGGGGCGGACGGGCGCGCGCGCGCGCGGGCUGUGCACACGGGGCGCGCGCCGGGCAGCUCCAAGGGUCUGGCGGGGCGGCUGAGGCAGCUGGACCAGACGGCUGACGAGGCGGCGCCGAAAUGGCCGAAGGCAGCGCUGUGUCCGACCCUCAGCAUGCCGCGCGUCUGCUGCGAGCGCUCAGCUCUUUCCGCGAGGAGUCCCGCUUUUGCGACGCGCACCUGGUCCUCGACGGGGAGGAGAUCCCCGUGCAGAAGAACAUCCUGGCGGCCGCCAGCCCGUACAUCAGGACAAAGUUAAACUAUAAUCCUCCAAAAGAUGAUGGAUCAACCUAUAAGAUUGAACUUGAAGGGAUAUCGGUAAUGGUUAUGAGAGAGAUCCUGGAUUACAUCUUCAGUGGGCAGAUCCGGCUGAACGAAGAUACGAUCCAAGAUGUUGUACAAGCAGCAGACCUCCUCCUGCUGACGGAUCUCAAAACUCUGUGCUGUGAGUUUCUGGAAGGCUGCAUCGCCGCCGAGAACUGCAUCGGCAUCCGUGACUUCGCCCUCCACUACUGCCUGCACCACGUCCACUACCUGGCCACGGAGUACCUGGAGACUCAUUUCCGUGACGUCAGCAGCACAGAAGAGUUCUUAGAACUCAGCCCGCAGAAACUUAAAGAAGUGAUUUCUCUCGAGAAGUUAAAUGUUGGCAAUGAAAGAUACGUGUUCGAAGCGGUAAUUCGAUGGAUAGCACAUGACACAGAACUGAGAAAGGUUCACAUGAAGGACGUGAUGUCAGCGCUGUGGGUUUCAGGGUUAGACUCCAGCUACUUACGGGAACAGAUGCUCAAUGAACCGUUAGUACGAGAAAUCGUCCGAGAGUGCAACAACAUACCACUGAGCCAGCCGCAGCAGGGGGAGGCCAUGCUCGCAAACUUCAAGCCCCGGGGCUACUCGGAGUGCAUCGUGACUGUUGGCGGAGAAGAGAGAGUUUCACGGAAACCAACAGCAGCGAUGCGAUGUAUGUGCCCUCUUUAUGACCCUAAUAGGCAGCUUUGGAUUGAACUGGCCCCUUUAAGCAUGCCAAGAAUUAACCACGGAGUUCUCUCAGCAGAGGGAUUCUUGUUCGUAUUUGGAGGCCAAGAUGAAAAUAAGCAGACCCUGAGUUCAGGAGAAAAAUACGAUCCAGAUGCGAACACGUGGACGGCAUUGCCACCAAUGAAUGAGCCACGACAUAAUUUUGGUAUUGUGGAGAUAGACGGAAUGCUGUACAUUUUAGGAGGAGAGGAUGGGGAGAAAGAGCUAAUUUCCAUGGAGUGUUACGACAUUUAUUCUAAAACCUGGACGAAGCAACCUGACCUGACCAUGGUUAGAAAGAUCGGCUGCUAUGCAGCUAUGAAAAAGAAAAUCUAUGCCAUGGGUGGAGGGUCGUAUGGAAAGCUCUUUGAAUCUGUGGAAUGUUACGACCCAAGGACCCAGCAGUGGACUGCUAUCUGUCCGCUGAAGGAGAGAAGAUUUGGAGCUGUGGCCUGUGGCGUGGCCAUGGAGCUGUACGUGUUUGGGGGUGUCAGAAGUCGUGAGGACAUGCAGGGGUCGAAUGAGAUGGUCACUUGCAAGUCUGAAUUCUACCAUGACGAGUUUAAACGAUGGAUCUAUCUUAACGACCAGAACUUGUGCAUCCCCGCCAGCUCCUCUUUUGUGUACGGAGCUGUGCCCAUAGGAGCCAGUAUUUACGUUAUCGGAGACCUCGAUACAGGUACCAAUUACGACUACGUGCGUGAGUUUAAAAGAAGCACAGGGACCUGGCACCACACGAAGCCACUCCUUCCGUCCGACCUUCGCCGCACCGGGUGCGCAGCCUUACGCAUUGCAAAUUGCAAGCUUUUCCGCCUGCAGCUCCAGCAAGGCUUGUUCCGUAUCCGUGUCCAUUCACCUUGAAGAGGGGGCCGGAGCAGAGGCAAAGCUCCCAACCAAGCGCACCGUGACACAGCUUUCUGCGAGGGGAACAGAGGUGGCAGCCGAAACUUGCUCUGUGUGCCGGGCUUUGUAUGGUAACUCUGGUGGUUUUACUGUAAUGCUUAGAAGCCUAAGGUUCCGCUCUCGAUGGGGAGAACCCGUAACUGUGGAGAAAGCUCCCUUGGAGGAAUCCCGUCCUCCACUUAGAUGUGUCUGCAGACAGACGGAGGCUAGGCACUGUCAAAGGGAGAAGGGAAGUGGGAAUCGGUAUCAUGU